CAGCUGGUUCGGCUUCUGGGCUGCCGGGUCCAGUGGCACAGGGAUUGAAGGAGGCGUUGGUGGAUACCCUCACCGGGAUCCUGUCCCCCGUGCAGGAGGUGCGGGCGGCUGCAGAGGAACAGAUUAAGGUGCUGGAGGUGACAGAGGUGUAGCAUAAGCACUGUCCACCUGCGAAGGGCGGCCCACAAGGAUCCAGACGCACUCCUGGGCAUGUGGCGGGCACUGAACCGAGCGGAAGGCGGCCACGCUCGGAAAAAGGCCAGUGAAUUUGGCGUUCACCUGGCAGAGCUGACUGUAGAUCCUCAGGGGGCACUGGCCAUCCGUCAGCUGGCAUCAGUCAUCCUGAAGCAGUAUGUGGAAACUCACUGGUGUUCCCAAUCGGAAAAGUUCAGACCUCCUGAAACUACAGAAAGGGCAAAAGUUGUUAUUCGAGAGCUAUUACCCAAUGGGUUGAGAGAAUCAAUAAGCAAAGUGCGCUCCAGUGUGGCCUAUGCUGUGUCUGCCAUUGCCCAUUGGGAUUGGCCAGAAGCCUGGCCCCGCCUCUUCAGCCUGCUCAUGGAGAUGUUGGUGAGCGGAGACUUGAAUGCCGUCCACGGGGCCAUGCGCGUGCUGACAGAGUUUACUCGAGAAGUGACAGACACACAGAUGCCACUUGUUGCUCCUGUCAUUCUCCCAGAAAUGUAUAAGAUCUUCACCAUGGCUGAGGUGUAUGGUAUUCGAACUCGUUCCCGAGCAGUAGAGAUUUUUACUACUUGUGCCCAUAUGAUCUGUAACAUGGAGGAGCUAGAAAAGGGUGCAGCCAAAGUCCUGAUCUUUCCCGUGGUUCAGCAAUUCACAGAGGCCUUUGUUCAGGCGCUCCAGAUGCCAGAUGGCCCCACAUCUGACAGUGGUUUUAAGAUGGAGGUUCUAAAGGCAGUGACAGCCUUGGUGAAAAAUUUCCCAAAGCACAUGGUAUCCUCCAUGCAGCAGAUCCUUCCCAUUGUUUGGAACACUCUAACCGAAAGUGCUGCCUUUUAUGUGAGGACAGAAGUGAAUUACACGGAAGAAGUGGAAGAUCCUGUGGACUCAGAUGGAGAAGUCCUAGGCUUUGAGAACCUCGUCUUUAGCAUUUUUGAAUUUGUCCAUGCCCUACUAGAAAACAGCAAAUUCAAAAGCACCGUUAAGAAGGCUCUGCCUGAGCUUAUUUACUACAUUAUCCUGUACAUGCAGAUUACCGAGGAGCAGAUUAAAGUGUGGACAGCUAACCCACAACAGUUUGUAGAAGAUGAGGAUGAUGACACUUUCUCCUAUACUGUAAGAAUUGCAGCUCAAGACUUGUUGCUGGCUGUGGCCACAGAUUUCCAGAAUGAGAGUGCAGCAGCCCUGGCUGCGGCAGCCACUCGGCAUUUACAAGAAGCUGAGCAGACCAAAAGCAGUGGCACUGAGCACUGGUGGAAAAUCCAUGAGGCCUGCAUGCUUGCUCUAGGCUCAGUGAAGUCCAUCAUCACUGACAGUGUGAAAAAUGGCAGGAUCCAUUUUGACAUGCAUGGGUUCCUGACCAACGUCAUUCUUGCAGACCUCAACCUGUCAGCGUCCCCUUUCCUCUUGGGACGAGCACUGUGGGCUGCCAGUCGUUUCACUGUUGCUAUGUCUCCUGAACUGAUUCAGCAGUUCCUACAGGCGACAGUUAGUGGUCUUCAUGAAACACAGCCCCCAUCAGUUCGGAUUUCUGCUGUGAGAGCCAUCUGGGGUUAUUGUGAUCAGCUGAAAGUCUCAGAGAGUACACAUGUGCUUCAGCCCUUCCUCCCCAGCGUCCUUGAUGGACUAAUUCACCUAGCAGCCCAGUUCAGCUCAGAGGUCCUCAACCUGGUGAUGGAGACCCUGUGCAUCGUUUGUACUGUUGACCCAGAAUUCACAGCAAGUGUGGAAAGCAAAAUCUGUCCCUUCACCAUCGCCAUUUUCCUAAAGUACAGUAAUGAUCCUGUUGUCGCCUCGCUGGCUCAGGACAUCUUCAAGGAGCUGUCGCAGAUUGAAGCCUGUCAAGGCCCAAUGCAGAUGAGGCUGAUCCCCACUCUGGUCAGCAUAAUGCAGGCCCCAGCAGACAAGAUCCCUGCGGGGCUCUGUGCGACAGCCAUUGAUAUCCUGACCACAGUAGUUCGAAAUACAAAGCCUCCCCUUUCCCAGCUCCUUAUCUGUCAAGCCUUCCCUGCUGUGGCACAAUGCACCCUUCACACGGAUGAUAAUGCCACCAUGCAGAAUGGUGGAGAGUGCUUGCGGGCCUAUGUAUCGGUGACACUGGAACAGGUAGCCCAGUGGCAUGAUGAGCAAGGCCACAAUGGACUAUGGUAUGUGAUGCAAGUGGUGAGCCAGCUUCUGGACCCACGAACUUCCGAGUUCACUGCAGCCUUUGUGGGCCGUCUGGUCUCCACUCUCAUCUCAAAGGCAGGGCGGGAGCUUGGGGAGAAUCUGGACCAGAUUCUUCGUGCCAUCCUCAGUAAGAUGCAGCAGGCAGAGACACUCAGUGUCAUGCAGUCUCUGAUCAUGGUGUUUGCUCAUCUGGUGCACACUCAGCUGGAACCUCUGUUGGAGUUCUUGUGUAGCCUCCCAGGACCUACUGGCAAACCUGCCCUGGAGUUUGUGAUGGCCGAGUGGACAAGCCGGCAGCAUCUAUUUUAUGGACAGUACGAAGGCAAAGUUAGCUCUGUAGCACUGUGUAAACUGCUUCAGCAUGGCAUCAAUGCAGAUGACAAGCGGCUACAAGAUAUUCGUGUGAAGGGAGAGGAGAUCUACAACAUGGAUGAAGGCAUUCGUACCCGCUCCAAGUCAGCCAAAAAUCCAGAGCGGUGGACAAACAUUCCUUUGUUGGUCAAGAUCCUAAAGCUGAUUAUCAAUGAACUCUCCAACGUCAUGGAGGCCAAUGCGGCUCGCCAGGCCACUACUGCUGAGUGGAGUCAAGUAGAUGACUCCAAUGAUAUGUGGGAGGACCAGGAGGAAGAGGAAGAAGAGGAGGAGGAUGGUUUAGCUGGCCAGCUUUUAUCUGACAUCCUUGCUACAAGUAAAUAUGAGGAGGACUACUAUGAAGAUGAUGAAGAAGAGGACCCUGACGCCCUGAAGGACCCUCUCUAUCAGAUUGAUCUGCAGGCAUAUCUCACCGACUUCCUUUGCCAGUUUGCUCAGCAGCCCUGUUACAUUAUGUUUUCGUGCCACCUUAAUGACAACGAGAGGCGGGUUCUGCAGACCAUCGGCAUCUAAAAAGGGGAGUCGUCAACCCGUGUUCCCUCUCCUGGCCCAGCCACAGACCAUUCUACAGCCCUCGCUGGUCUUGAGAUGCACUUUUUCUCAGUCUGCAGUGGCUUCCUGGCCUAUGGCCUCAACAGUGACACUGGGGACUCAGUCCUUGCUCACCAAGGCUAGCAUUUGAAAAUGCUAAAACAAAGGACAUUUCUCAAAGUCCUGUGAAGAUACCCCAAAUCUGAAACUGUUUUAUUCCCUAGCUGCCACCUCCAUUCCGAGCAUCUUUUGUUGGCCAGACCAGAAACAUUGAUAUCCAGAAGGAUUAUGGCUUCCUGGUAAUUUUGCCCCACAUCAGGAGCACAGGAAGUCACUACCAUUUAUAUUCAGAAACAUACCUGUUUGUUUUCAUAGGAUAUCUGAUGUGUUCAGAUAGGAGUCCCUUGAGAAAUCAUUAUGCUUUCUACCCUCAGCCCCUGAUGCUCUAGGUUCUUGGUAGGAACAAGCUGGAGCAGCCACAUACUGAGCCCUUUCCAGUAACCUCCUUCCAUGCUUCCCUCAUGCAACACUAAGGCUCCUCUGUCAAAGGAGCCAUCUUCCCAUCUCUGCUUCAUUGCAUGACACAGCCCCUCCCCCCAGGCUGUUUCUAUAUAUACAUGCACACACAAAAUAAGCCAGACAGAUGGUAACUUGUCUUUCUUUUUUAGGAAAAAAAAUCAGGAAAAAGAUUUUUAUUUCUAAAUCUGCCUGACCCAUCUAUAUUUAAUAUGCCUCUUCUACACAGGCUCUGUGGUUACACAGAGCCUGAUAUGCAAAGGUUACCCCUAUCCCUCAGGAAUCCUCCAAAGUGGUUGAGUUGUAGCCCUCGAAUUUGCAACAUGUAUUUUUCUAGGACAGUAAAGCAAUCUUUACAAAUGAAUUUAGUCUGCAUACUAUAAGGUGUCUCAGCACCUCUGCCUUCUGUUUAUUCCCUUUAGAAGGAAAGUAAAAACAGAAGAAAGCAUUAGCAGAGCCUAUUUUGGCAUACUACUGUGAUUUGGCAAAGAGCUCAAAAAUCUUAGAGAACUGGUAUUUUUCAUUCAGAUGUGUUUAAAGGUCAGUGGUACCGCAUGUAGAUAGCCCUGGGUGCAGUCCCUAGUACCGCAAAAGUAAGGGACAUCCCUCAAUGGGUUUUCCUUGUGUUAAGAAUUGAGUGGGUGAAGAUUAAGAAGAGCAGAGUAGUAACCCAGUGUUCCCUUUGUUUGAUAGUGCUCGCAUCUGGGACUCCAUUUUUAAUAGCCAGAGCUCUUUCUGUGGGUGAUGCUCUAACAGAAAGAAAAGGGAAUGUAGAGGUGACUUCUGAGCUUCAUUCUUCAGCAGAUAACAGUGUAACAUUUCAUCUAAAAGGCUUUUCAUGGGACCUAAGGAUGUGGCAGCUUAGUAAUGUCUGUACCACCAGAUAUCCUUAGUGCUCAGCCUUGAGUUCAGAGGCAUUCCGCUGAAGUUGCCACCUCCUCUGUAAGAACUUGAGAAGGUAUGUAUAGCUGUCUUCUGGAUGACCAUGUAGAGACCAGCAUUGCCUCUGCCCCUGCUGGUUUUCCUCCUGAAGGUGGAGUCCCUGAAAAAAAAAAAAAAAAAUGAUGGCAUACCUGCCCAGAAAACCACAGUAGGAAUUUUGGAACCUUGUUCCAUAGUUGACCUCAAAGCCAGUUGAAUUUGGUGCUAAAACAGUAGACCAUUCCACACAAUUAAGUUGUCCAAUGGUUUUGACAUGUUAGAAUGGUGCCAGGUUAGCAGCAUUGCCCUGCUGAAUUUGAGAAAGCUUGGAGACCUCCAGCAAUAUGCUGACAGUGAUAUGGGUUCCUUCUGAGACUGCUAAUUAGAACGGUUCCUCUGUGUCUAGUGCCAAAAUUAGUCCAGAGGGCUUCUCAUCUGUUCUCAUGCUUUACUUUUCAUGGGAAGACUGAGCUCCUGCCUUAGGAGGCCAUCCAUGCCAACAUACACUGGUUGGACAUGGCGGGUCUUAUGUCCCUUGAUGAACAGAUGCUUGUGUUUCAAAGCAUUUACCUUCUGCAGCAGGUACACAAUGAAUUUCCUCAUCCCAUUGACUGUUCCUAAGAGCAGGACGAGACUUCCGUUGGUGACUUUUGGUGUGACAUAGUUGAACUCUGGUUCCUAUUUUGUCUCCUAUGAGAGCCAACUUCAUUUGGACAAAGGGUGGGGCUGACUGUUGGAAGACUAAGAAAUGACCAGUGAGCUAAUGAGAGGUGUGAGCUCCUGAUGGUGACGGGUGAAACGCUAGAAGGCUGAAAAGUUCCAAGAAAGGAAGUUGAUACUUCAAAUCAUUGACAGGGAAGCUUGAACUUAGAGCAUAUGGUUCAAAAGCAUAUGAAUUCAUGAGAAAAGAGGUUGCUGAGGCUGGGUUUUCAUUGUGAGCUAAAGAGCCAGUAGUUCCACUAAUGAAAACAUCCUUAGGACCACGACCAGGCUGUGGUGGCUCACGCCCUUAAUCCUAGCACUUGGGAGGCAGAGACAGAGGCGGAUCUCUCUGAAUUCGAGGCCAGCCUGGUCUACAAGAGCUAGUUCCAGGACAGGCUUCAAAGCGACAGAGAAACCCUGUCUCAAAAAACAACAAAAAAAACGACCUUAGGUUUGUUAGCCAUGCUGAGCAGCCUGACAAGAUCAGAGCACCGCCAGCUCAGCAACGUACAGUGAGUUCUUCCUGUGAAGGAAUGUGAGGUGAGUGUUGGGUGCAGCGCUGGGCAGGUUGCUUACGCCUUACUCUUUCCAAGCAGUUGGAAACCAUUUGCAAAAGAUAACUGACCUGGACAACAAAUGCUUGUCAAAUCUUAGGUGACAGGAAGCCUCUCAGAAGGUGAUCUGAGGAUCCAAGUAGAUCAUCGAGUCAUUAUAAGAAAAGGACAUUGGCAACAGUAUUUUGAUUAGAGUGCUGUGUCCCUCACUAAAAGUACUGGGUCUUCAGAGUUCAGAAAACUCACGUGUGGGCCUAAAUUGUCUGUGAUUCUGCUGGUUUUCCAUCUCUGUCCCUGUCAGUGGUCCUGAUUGAUAACCGUACUCUGUAAAGGACAGCCAAGGACUAAACUUGAGGAAAAACAGUGAUGUGGCUCAGAAGGCUGGACUCAACACAGUAAGGGACUGUCCAGUAAAAAGUGCUGCAUUGUCCAGCCCACCAGGCAGACCUGUGUGCCUGAGUAAAUAAAUAAUAAAAGAUGGA